GUUGUUAAAUUAGUGGAAGUGUUAGUGAAGUAUAAAACAAGAUUAAACUGUGUAAGAAGCGUAUUUUUCUUCUCGCGCCUGUAGCACGAAUCCUAGGCCUAAUUUCACGCGCGCGAAUCACCUCACGCCAGCCUGCGUGAGCUAAAACGCAUGCCUUUCGGCUUCCUCUCAAAACCGGGUUGGCUCUCUUGCCAAUCGACAACAGGUCUGUAUGCUGUAGUGAGAGACCCAUCAGUAUCAGCAGAGUCAUUCUUCUCAAAAACGGCGGCAAACAUUACCAGUGUUUAUGAGGAAUGACAUUUUGAUGUUACACUAUGUGUAGAAAUUAAUGACAUUAUGGCAUAGUCUGCAAAAUGGUGGUUAAUUUUAACGUAAUUUAUGACAUAAAAUUGAUGUUACAGUGUGUAACUGUUUCACUAGCAUUUUAUAAUGUCAUGGCACAUUCUGCAAGGGGUGGAAAACAUUUGUUCUUCCACUCCUUUAUGGUAAUUAUGUGUGUUGGAAUGUCAUCAAAGUUAAAAGUGGUAGCCAAUAUUACGAUAAUUAAUGGUCCAAAAUGAUGCCAUCAAGUCUGAUACCUUAAUUAACAUUAUCAACAUCAAAGUAUUGGACAUAUCCGGCCCAAUAGCUGAACAGUCAGCACGUUGGAUUGCCACACACAGGGGCCCGGGUUUGGUGACCGGCUGGGGAGGGAGAUUUUCUCCCCCCAGAGACUGGGUGUUGUGCUGUCCUCAUCAUCAUUUCAUGCCCACUGUCGAUGUGCUAGUCGCCCAAUGUGGCAUUGCACUCAAUAAGACUUGCAGUUGGCAGUCAAACUUCUCGACUGGGAACUCCCGGCCACUGAUGCCAUACGCUCAUUUCCAUUUCCAGUGUUGGAUAUAUUUUGAAUGCACCCAGUAGAUGGAAAUGGCUGAAUCUACCCCAUGCCUGUGAAUACCAGCCAUCUCCAUCUGCUGAAGCUGA